AUGGACCUGGACUUUGAUCUGGAACGCCUGGAAUCUUCCUUGGAGCGAGGCCUUGCAGGGGUGGUUGAUCAUUAUGAAAAUCCUAGAAAUGUGGGAUCCCUUGACAAGACAUCUAAAAAUGUUGGAACUGAAUUGGUGGGGGCUCCAGCAUGUGGUGAUGUAAUGAAAUUACAGAUUCAAGUGGAUGAAAAGGGGAAGAUUGUGGAUGCCAGGUUUAAAACAUUUGGCUGUGGCUCCGCAAUUGCCUCCAGCUCGUUAGCCACUGAAUGGGUGAAAGGGAAAACGGUGGAGGAAGCCUUGACCAUCAAAAACACAGACAUUGCCAAGGAACUCUGCCUUCCUCCCAUGAAAUUGCACUGCUCCAUGCUGGCUGAAGAUGCAAUCAAGGCUGCCCCGGCUGAUUACAAACUGAAACAAGAACCCAAGAAAGGAGAGGCAGAGAAGAAAUGA